AUGUCGAUACACGCUCUUCCACAGACGGCUGUACGCACCAUCCGAUCUGGUCAAGCUCUGACGGAUCCUGUUUCUGUGGUCAAAGAACUCAUUGAUAACGCUCUCGACGCGCGAGCAUCCAGUAUCGCUAUCGAGAUUUCGGCAAACACUCUCGACGUAAUUCAAGUUAAAGACAAUGGCCAUGGAAUUGCCCCUACCGAUAGACCACUUGUGGCUAAACCAUACUGUACCAGCAAACUCAAGGAUGAAAAAGAUCUGGCUCUCGUAGGUUCAACCUAUCUCGGUUUUCGAGGUGAAGCCUUGAGCAGUGCAUUGGAGAUGAGUGAUGAAAUGACCAUCACUACAAGAGUUGAGGGUGAAAGUGUUGCUACUGCUAUCAAAAUAUGUCAGAAUGACGAUCCAGUUCAGGAUCGUGCCACUCAUCCACCUGGAACCACAGUUCGCAUUGCCAACUUCUUGAAAAAUCAGCCAGUGCGAAAGCAAGUCGCCCUGAAGGCUGCGCCCAAGACUUUGACAAAGAUCAAGCAGUUGUUGCAAUCAUAUGCCUUUGCCAGACCAGCUACAAGGCUGUCAUUGAAGGUUAUCAAGGCCAAGAACGACAAGGAUAACUGGACUUAUGCACCAAAGAUUGGUGGUGGAAUCGAAGAUACAGCUUUCAAGGUCGUGGGAAAGCCUUGUGCUUCUCAAUGCGCUUGGGCCGAACUCGAGUACGAAGGUUUCACAAUACGAGCAUUUCUUCCUCGUCCUGACGCACAUGCUCUGAAGAUCAGUGGCCUAGGACAGUACGUCUCGGUUAACGACCGACCUCUUACUUCGUCCCGAGGUAUCUCCAAACAGCUGGUCAGAAUUUACAAGGAAAGUCUGAAAGAAUCGUCAUCCCUAGGUGAUGCCAAGGACGCCUUCCUAUAUCUCUCACUCUCUUGUCCACCCGGUAGCUACGAUGCAAACAUCGAGCCAGCAAAAGAUGAUGUUCUAUUUGGCGACGUUGACAAAGUUGUGGAAGCUGUCAGAAGACUGAUGUUGAUCUCCUAU